AUGGAAAGCGAUCACUCUCCCUAUUAUCGACAGCUUUAUCGUCAACGUCAAGUGACCAAUACAUUUUUACGAGCUUUUCAAGUACUCAUGGUAUCUGUUGGCCUUUCAAUUGUACUAGGUGUCAUUGUUUAUUUUGUUGCACACGCAACACUACCACGGCAAAGUCCAUCAACAACAACAACCAUUUCAAAUAUAAACACCGCAUCAACGCCUACCACGCUAACAACGAUAUCAGGCCCCACUACAAACGCACCAUCAACGACUAUCGUGGUAACAACAAGCACAACAACCAUUUCAUGCGGUACUCCAUCAUCCACAAAUAUAAUAUUUUUAAGUUCACUUUUGACUAUUGAAUCCACUAGUUUUACACAGUAUCAAUACAAUUUUUCUGCGACUGGCACGACAGCAACCGUUUCAUUUUCAUUCUCAUCAGGUAACAAACAUUUGUGGUAUCUGGACAAUGUAAGUAUUCAACAUACGGGAACAGAGAUGCUGACAAACGGGGAUUUUGAAAAUGGAAUGUCGUUCAAUGGUUGGACACACUCGUGUAGCGGGUCAUGUGCUAGUGUGACAAAUACUACAUCUCAGAGCGGCAGUCAAAGUUAUAUCAACGAUUGUGCAUACUCGUCAGCAGAUGAUACUAUCAGUCAGACAUUCGCGAGUGUGAUUGGUGAUGUUUAUUCGCUAAGUUUUUAUCUAGAAUUCUAUAGAACUAGUCCCGGUGUUGGUUCGGGCACAGAUGAAGCAUUUAUUAAAAUGUACUAG